CCGGCUGCUAAGGCGUCACAUAAACAAACUCUUAUCAGCCAACCGUCACAGAAGCUGAAAAGGGAUUACCGUUGCGUUCACGCUUUCUGCUGAAGCACAAGGUUUCAUGUUCAUUUUGGAGUAACUACGAAUAUGGAUUGCAGCUCUGAUAUCGAGGCCGUGACCGAAGGGAAGCGAAAGAUGAAGAAGCGCGUCGGGGGGUUAGCGUACAUGAUCAACGAAACGCCCCCCUGGUAUCUGUGUAUUCUAUUGGGUUUCCAGCAUUACCUGACCAUGCUUGGUGCGAACUUGGCUGUUCCUCUUGCGCUAAGAAAAUACAUGUGCUUUGAAACCAACGACCUUGCAUUGAGUGAAGUCAUAGCGACAGUUUUCUUCACGUCUGGCAUUGCUACACUCUUGCAGACGACUUUCGGUGUACGGCUUCCCAUUGUACAGGGAUCGACCUUCACGUUUAUCGCUCCAGCCACCGCCAUUCUGACUCUCGACAAGUUUAAGUGUCCAGAACCUUCCUCCAAUGCGACAUUGGGAGCUAACGAGACUGCAAUAGACAUGAACGAGAUAUGGAAACCGCGCAUGCUCGAGAUCCAAGGUGCUAUAAUGGUCGCGUCCCUAUUUCAAGUCCUUAUCGGUGUGACUGGCCUAAUGGGUGUGUUACUGAGGUUCAUCGGUCCCGUUGCCAUAGCGCCCACCAUCACGCUGAUUGGACUUGCUCUCUUCGAGGUCGCAGCGUACCACUCAGCAAAGCAAUGGGGAGUUGCGAUCAUGACUGUGGUUUUGAUAGCUUUAUUCUCGCAAUAUCUGCAGAAUAUUAAGAUUCCGUUUCCGGGAUACUCGAAAGAGCGUGGAUGCCAUAUGAACUUCUACCCAGUCUUUCGUCUGUUCCCGAUCAUUCUUGCUAUCUGUGUAUCCUGGAUGGUUUGUGCCAUUGUUACUGCGGCUGAUGGGCUCCCUGUGGGCAACGCCGGUCGGACUGAUACCAAGGUUGGAACUCUUCAGAAGGCCAAGUGGUUUAGAGUACCCUACCCCGGCCAGUGGGGUCUUCCAACUGUCAGUGUUGCCGGGGUCUUUGGAAUGCUCGCUGGCGUCAUAGCUUCCAUUGUGGAGUCUGUGGGAGACUAUUACGCAUGUGCGCGCAUGUGCGGUGCACCUCCCCCGCCCACACACGCCAUCAACCGCGGUAUAGGCAUCGAGGGGCUUGGCUGUAUUAUCACAGGGGCCUGGGGUACAGGAAGCGGAACCACAUCCUACAGUGAGAACAUUGGCGCCAUUGGUAUCACCAAGGUUGGCAGCCUCCGAGUGAUCCAGUUCGGUGCUCUUGUCGCCCUGGUGAUGGGUGUGGUAGGCAAAGUGGGGGCGCUUUUCACCACCAUCCCGGACCCCAUCGUUGGGGGCGUGUUCCUGGUCAUGUUUGGGAUGAUAACGGCAGUGGGGAUCUCUAAUCUUCAGUACGUGGACAUGACUUCUGCCAGGAAUAUGUUUAUCGUGGGCGUGUCUAUCGUUGCGGGGAUGGCUAUACCUUUCUCCCUGAAAGCUAUGUUUGAAGCUGACAAGAAUUUAAUCCAAACGGGAUCGAUGGAGGUAGACCAAAUAAUCAAGGUGCUGCUGACCACAAAUAUCGCUGUCGGUGGGCUCAUUGCACUCUUUUUGGAUAAUACUAUACCGGGGACCGCAAAGGAGCGUGGGAUCACAGCCUGGAGGAAGCGAGGAUCUGGGAAAGAGGGAGGCGAAGACGAGGACUUCCAGGUUGCGCCAAUCCACGUCUAUGAUCUACCGUGCUGCUUGAAAAGCCUCGGGUACAAGCCCUUUGCCAAAUACGUGCCGUUUCUUCCUUACUAUCCCCCUGAGAGCAACACUGAUGGCGCCACUAACGUUGCCAUAGUUAUGGAGCCGAUCCCUGACGAGAAGCAUGACGGCAAAGCAGAAGUCGAAGGCGCAAAGCUCGACGGAAAGUUGGAUGAUUUCAAGGGAGCAAGGCAUGAUGGCAAAGAUUACGUUAGGUCUGAUGAGAAGUUGGAUGUCGUGGACGCAGCAGAUGAUAAGAAUAAUUCAGAUGCAAGUGGCGUUAAGGAAGAAGAGAAAGUGGAUGCUGAUAUUACGGCUUUCUGAACUUUUGAACGGGACUUUCUAGAUCUCUUUGAAGUAAUCAGUAUAAUGUUGUAAAUGUUCUACUACGCUAAACAAACCCCGAAUACCAGUAAAGGAUACACGUUGUCCUUACUUUAUCAUUACAAGGAUAUAAGAUAUACAGGAUAAGUACAAAACAACACUUAGAGAGAACAGCAGGAGUGCUCUGUAAACGGAGAUUUCCCCAGUUUGUAGUCUGACAGACAUUAUAUCGCAAAAUAUAAUAAAAUCCACCAUCUUGUACUAAACUCUAAUUAAGAAACAGUGAAAAUCAAA